AGAAGAGCUGUUGGCAGCACGUCAUCGUGUGAUGCUCAAACACAUUCACACCUCAUCUUUUGGUCCUCCAGCAUAUUCUACCUUCUUGUCGCUCCAGCAGCCCUCGUUGUCUGCCUGAACUCUCACCCUGGUGGUCGGGAAAUGUCAAAGAGAGGCCCGUGCCGCAGCAAGGGGGCGUUACGGGGGGGAAACAACUGUCUUUAUUGUUAUAUUUCCACGCAAUUCACGUUUUCCUAGUCUUGUCACAACCAUAAGCGUCAGAAACGACCACCGUGCCGACCGCCAAAUCUUCUGGUGUAGCAUCCGCCGCUGCUCGCAUCCUUGAUCUGUCUCGUAUCGCAAUCGUUGCCAAACAUGAGAAAUGAAACAUUUGUGCACUGGGACUGGAUGUUCUUACCGGCACAACCCACUUCCGCCAUGACACCCAGCAGAGGAUUCUGGGAUUGACGCAAGCAUCACUCCCACUGAUGGCCAGGUUUCAGCUGGUCUGCUGAAGCUAUGGGGAGCUGCUGGAGCUGUCUAUACAGAGACGCCAUCCAAGACAACCAUCUCAACAAAUUCAAGGUGACUAAUGUGGAUGAUGAGGGAAAUGAGUUGGGCUCAGGAACAAUGGAGCUCACGCAGACGGAGCUCAUUCUGCACACACGUAAACGUGACGCCAUCCGGUGGCCGUACCUUUGCCUGCGGCGCUACGGCUAUGAUUCCAACCUCUUCUCUUUCGAGAGCGGCCGCCGUUGUCAGACAGGACAAGGGAUCUUUGCAUUCAAGUGCUCUCGUGCGGAGGAGAUCUUUAACCUUCUGCAGGAGUUGAUGCAGUGUAACAGCAUCAAUGUGGUGGAGGAGCCCAUGAUCAUGACCCGGCCUGGGCAUGCACCAGAGAUGGAGAUGCCUCGAACCCCACAGACACCCAACACCCCUGGAUUCCCGAUGCAGGGUUUUCCUAAUGGAUACCCAGGAUAUCCAAUCAGUGCAGACUCAUCUCAGCCCUCUCUCACCAACGACCACAGACACAGUCUCAUGGGAUUGGACGACCAAACACAUACAUACGUGAAUACAGUGGGCAUGGAAACUGACCUCUCUAGCCGUCACUGCGUCCAUUCCCUGCCCGAAGUGCGGCCCACCACCUACCCAGAAACCUCAACAACCACCACUAUACGUGGAGGGGGCCAAGUACCGGGUCAGCCCGGCAUGCAUUGCUGCCCCCUGGACGACCCCCACAAAGACCCUCAGGUCUUCCUCCAGCCCGGAGCACAGGAGGUAAAGUUCAUGUUGGGUCCCACGCCAGCACAGCGCCACUUAAUGGAGAGAGACAGGGGCCGCAUUGUCGCUCACCCUCUUCGAGCGCCAGACGGUAGCUCAGAAACAGAAGGAGAGGAGACUCCGUCCGUACACAUGUGCAACACGCACUCCUAUCACCAUUGCCAUCAUCUAAUGCACCGACACCCGAGUAUGGAGCCGUGCCCCGAGAGCCAGCUAACGUACGAGAACAUAAACGGACUUCGAGGGGUGCGCAGACAGAGGCUGAGCCCGAGCACCGUAUCGCAGUCGCAGUCUCUGGGCUCCAGUAGCAGCAGCAGCACCACGGGUGAUUCCCACACGCAUCCGCACUCCCUCCCGCUCACGCACACACACCCUUCCUCACUGCCCCCGCAGGGAUACGGCUGUGAACGGGGAAUGGGUGUGGGUGGUCACCGGCGCACUGCAUUGCUCAACUACGAGAACCUGCCGUCACUCCCCCCUGUCUGGGAAUACCGUGCGCUUCAGCGCGAAGAAGAGGAGGAUCAGGAUGAAGAUGAGGAUGAGGACGAGUAUGAGGAGGAAGAGGAGGAGGAGUACGACGAGUAUGAGUAUUCCGAAGGGCCCACGACACCAAACGGAUAUCAUCAGGAGAGCGGAGGCGGGAUUCAUCGUGAUGCUCUGCAGAACUACGUCAACACCGAACAGCUACAGCCUCCUACGCGUCUCCGUCACGCUUGCCCGCCCCACCCUCACCCACCUGAGAGGUCCAAUCGUGUUUUCAACUUUGACUUCAGACGUCAGCGAGCGGGACGUGGCAGUGGCACCUGCGAGCAGUACGGUCGUCACCCGCCUCCUCCCCCCUCCCGCCAGCUCAACUACAUCCAGGUGGACCUGGAGGGCGAACCCACCGGCUGCUCGGGUCACGGGGGAGGGGCCCCGGUACCGCAGAGACCACCUCCCCUUAAACGCGGUAUGUCUGCUGCGGCCGCUGCGGCUCCGCCCACCCGUCGUGGAGAGUGCUACGCCGUGAUCGACCUGAAGAAGACAGCAGCCAUGUCUAACCUGCAGAAGGCCCUGCCUCGGGAUGACGGAACGUCACGGAAAACCCGCCACAACAGCACCGACUUGCCUCUGUGAGAGGGAAAGGGAGAGACAGAGAACGAGAGUUACAGGUAUGACAGGGAAAAUGAAGGAAAAUAGAGUUCUGGUGGUACUUUCCUCUCAUUGUCUACACUUUACUCUCACACUCAUACCAACUGCUGCUUGAUGAUAGUAACUGAAAUUGAGCCAAGCAUUAAGAGUUUGAUUUUAUUUCGUUUUUCUCACAUUGUCUGUGGGAGGUUAUGGAGAUGACACUUAUCACCGUGGUUUUAGGUUGCUGUCUGGGGCCAAAGAAUUUGGUACAGUAAUAACCACCCUUCAUUCAGGAAAUAAUUUUAUUUGUAGUGUUUCUAUUUUUUUAAAGUCAAAGUGUCUUAAUCCUUUAUUUUUAAGUAUAAUUGUAUAAAUUAUAGGGUUAGUUGACCCAAAAACGACAAUUCUGUCCACUCAUCAUCAUCAUGUUGUUUAAUCGUUUUGUCUUUUAGUAUGGGACACAGAGGUAAUAGUUUUAAACUGAGUCGCUCUUCUGCACACACACACAAAAAGAAAAAAAACAUAACAGCUAUCAAGCUCAAAAAGAACAAUAAUUAAUUUAAAGAUAGCUCAUAUUUUUGUCUUUUUUUAAAGCUUGACAGCCACCGGUCCCUAUCUGCUACACAAGAAAAAACAUAUUUUGAGUAACAUAAGGGUUAAUAAAUGGCAACAUUUCCGUAUUUACUUUUCUUAUUGAUAUAUGCUGUCGCAGUAUUAUCUUAUCUUCACUCUUAAAAAUUAUGGGUUAUUUUCAACCCAACGUUGAGUCAAGAAGGGCCAAACACAAUGUGUUGAGUUGUAAUUUUACAUAUGCCGGUUUGUUUUAACCCAUUGUUGGGUCAAAAAUAUUUAACACAAAGGCUCGGUUUGUCUCUAUUUGACCCAGCAUUUUUACUGUGUUAUGUUUGAGCAGAAUACACUGCAAAAAAAUGACUUUCUUACUUAGUAUUUUUGUCUUGUUUUCAGUACAAAUAUCUAAAAAUUCUUAAAUCAAGAUGCAUUUUCAUGAUGAGCAAAAUGACCUAAGAAAAGAAGUCUAUAUUUUGAAGACAAAAAUAUACAAAGUGAAUUUGUGCUUAAAACAAGCAAAAAAUCUGCCAAUGGGGUCAGUUAACAUUUUUCUUGAAUUUUUGUUGAAUUAACAGUUUAAGAAAAAAGUACACUUAUAUCAAGAUUGUUUUUCUUAUUCCAUUAGCAGAUUUUUUUGGCUUGUUUUAAGCACAAAAUCACUUAAAUUAUAUAU